CAAAGUCAAAGAGAGUCCAAAAGAACGCCAUCGUCCAUGGUCCAGCCCUUCUUCCCUUUCACUUCAGGUCCAGUCGCUAUUUCCCUUAUUGGAGUCGUCAUUUCCCAAUCCAGCCAACCAACCCAAUACAGUCGGCUCCCCCUCCACCUCCUCCUCCAUCACCAACCAUUGUCGUCGCCAUCUCCAUCUCCAUCUCCACCUCCACCUUCCACCUCCUCUUUCACACAUACUCUCUCAUUCUCUUACACAUACCUCGUACCUACACUUUCUCCUCUCCCUUCUCUUUUUUAACCAUUAGCCUCCUCCUCUAAACAAACCCCAUCCGCCUGCUUCAUCGCAUUCGCGCGUCGCAUUUCGCCUGUCGCCUGUCGCUACCGACUUUGCCCUAGCAUUAGUCCCACGCCUCAACUCCCCUCCCGCCGUCGUCGUCU